CAAUCAAUCAAUCAAUCAAUCAAAUCAAUCAUUCAACGAAAAAAAUUUCCAGUAAACAAAACAAAACAAAAAAGAAGUUCCUAACAAAUCAACUACUACUAGUGCAUUCAUCACUAUCAACUACCGGUAAUUUUGAAUAAUCCUGAAAAAAAAAAAAAAAUAUGGUCGAUCAUCACCAUCAGCAUUUGAAUAAUCAACAAAAUGAUUGCCGUUAUUUGAUUGUCGUACACGUUGUUACAGCCGGACAACAAGAUGAUGAUCUUGGUAGCGAUGAAGAAGAGAUUGUACUGUUUGCAUGGUUGGUCAUCGAUACCACCAUAUUGAAGGUACUUGAAAAACGUUUUGAAUAUGUACGGCCUAAAAAUAAAGAUAUCAAUGAUAAUAUUUUAUCGGAAGCUGCACGUGAUUCAUAUGGUAUUAGUGAAGAAAAAAUUAAAUACGCAUCUACAUUGGAAAAUGUUAUCCAUCAGAUGGAUCAAUACAUAAAUACUCAUUUGAUUGGUGAUAAAUUGAAUAAUCAACAACCGCAGCUUCGGCCAUCACCGCCUUCAUCAACAACACAAUGUCCAAAACAUUCGGAUAAUUAUUUUGAAAAUACCGACACAGAUACAUGUUGUUCAUCAUCAUCAUCGACAUCGACAUCGACAUCAACAACACCGCCUACAAACGAUGAUUAUGAUGAUGAUGAUGAUGAAAUGAACAAUAAUAAUAAUAAUAAUCAAACGGAUUAUCCAAAUAAAGAACGAAUAAUGAUGAUGACCAAUGGUCAUUAUGUAAACAACAACAGUAAUAGUAAUGAUCAACAACAACAACAACAACAUUAUAAUGGUAUACAAUUGAUAACCGAUGGACAAUUACAUCUAAGACAAGUAUUACAUCCUGAAGCUGUAAAAAAAUCAAUAGAUUUACCGGAAAUAUUUUUAUCAUUUUUUGAUUUACGAAAAGAAUUUCGUAAAUUUUAUCGUAAUAAUGAUAUGAAAACAUUGGAUGAUAUGAUUGAUUAUUUAUCAUUUAAAAAUAAUGAUUCAACGACAUCGACAGUGACAGCGACAACAACCACAAUGACCACAAUGACAACAAUGACCACCAACAGUAAUGCAUCAUUAACGGCUUCCACAUCAUCACCACCAUCACCAUCAUCAACAACAACAACAACAACAAUGAAUCAGCAACAACCACAACAAGAGAUUAAUGAAUUAGAAUUGGUACAAAUGAAAUUAUCCAAUAUGGUAACCAUUAUUAAUCGAUUACUCAUCGAUGGACAUCGAUUUGAUGAGCUACAAAUUAUCAAUGAUAAAUUAGAACCAGGAAUAUGUAGUAAAAAUGAAUUGGUCGAUAAUAAUACAGUGGUACGUGCACGUGGACUACCAUGGCAAUCAUCAGAUAAGGAUAUUGCAAAUUUUUUCAAAGGAUUAAAUAUUAUCAAAGGUGGUGUUGCAUUAUGUCUAAGUGUACAAGGAAGAAGAAAUGGUGAAGCAUUAAUACGAUUCGUUAAUCAAGAACAUCGUGAUAUGGCACUAAAAAGACAUAAACAUCAUAUUGGACAACGUUAUAUUGAAGUGUAUCGUGCAUCCGGUGAUGAUUUUCUUAAUGUUGCAGGUGGCAAUAAUAAUGAAGCACAAGCAUUCCUAUCGAAAGGUGGCCAAGCAAUAAUUCGUAUGCGUGGCUUACCAUAUGAUUGUACAGCUCAACAAGUGAUUGAUUUUUUCGCUUCAAAUGGUCAUAAAUGUGAUGUAAUGAAUGGUGAUGAAGGUGUAUUAUUUGUACGAAAACCGGAUGGCCGUCCAACUGGUGAUGCAUUUGUUUUAUUUGAAACAGAAGAUAUUGCUGUACGUUCAUUACAGAAACAUCGAGAAUUAAUUGGUUCACGAUAUAUUGAAUUAUUUCGUUCAACAACGGCCGAAGUUCAACAGGUUUUCAAUAGAAAUAUGGAGGCAAGAAUCUAUGCCGAUUUAAAUGGUUUAAUAAAUUGUCAUAAUCAUAAUCAUCAUCAUCAUCAACAUCAACAUCAACAUCAUCAUCAGCAGCAGCAUCAACAACAACAACAAUUACAAGUCAAUACACAACAACAACAACAGUCAUUAUUACCAGCUCUGGUCACGCAAUCACUAUUACAACAACAGCAGCAGCAACAACAACAACAACAAUCACAAAAUUCACAUCCACAUCAACUUCAACAUCAUCUUCAUCAUCAUCAUAAUCAUCCAUUACAGCAACAACAAAAUCGUAAAGAUUGUAUUAAAUUACGUGGUCUACCAUAUGAAGCACAAGUAGAACAGAUAUUAGAAUUUCUUGGUGAACAUUCAAAAAAUAUUGUCUUUCAAGGUGUACAUAUGGUUUAUAAUGCACAGGGCCAACCAUCAGGUGAAGCAUUCAUACAGAUGGAUUCGGAACAAUCAGCAUUAUUGGCAGCACAAAAUCGUCAUCAUCGUUAUAUGAUUUUUGGUAAAAAACAACGUUAUAUUGAAGUAUUUCAAUGUUCCGUAGAAGAUAUGAAUCUAACAAGUGGUGGUUUUAAUCUACAAAGACAAUCAUUAUUAUCAUCAGCUACACCAUUAUUGCCACCACCACCACCACCAUUUGGAGCAUUUUCAUUUGGUCAUCCGGUCACAUUAACAGCGGCAGCGGCUGCUGCAGCUGCUGCAGCCGCCGCCGCCGCUUCAAAUAAUGUUCAACAUCCAGUUUUAUCAUUAAAUGGUACAUCUACGAUACAACCACAUACAGCGGUACAGGCAGCUGCUGCUGCGGCAGCAGCCGCAUCUCGUUUACAAUCAACAUCAACAACAUCAUCAUCAUCUUAUGGUCAACAUACUAAUCCAUUUAAUCUGGUUUAUUGGCCAUAUCCAUCACCACCGGUAUCACCUACAGCUAUGCAGCUGCAUUUGCUAGUAAUAAUCUUAAUCAUCAUAAUCAUAAUAAUCAUCAUCAUCAUCAUCAUCAACAACCGACACCGGCCAUGGUCAAUAUGCGUGGUCUACGAUAAAUUAUCAAUAAAUGAUAAUUAGAUUUGAUCAUCAUCUUUUAUUUUAUUUUAUUUUUUUAUAUAUCAAUGUGAUCGAAUGGAUCAAUUGCAAUGAAAAUUCAAAUUUAUUUAAUACACGUAUAUCCUCCUGUGUGUGUGUGUGUGCGUUUGUUUGUGUACGUGCAAUAGUAUAAUUUUAAGAGAAAAAAAAAUUUUCAAUAUAGAUCGAUAAAAUCGAAAUAAUAAUAAAAAAAUUUAAAAUAAAUCAAUCGAUCUAUAUAUAAACAUUAAAUUUGUAAUUGUGAAUUUU